AUGUCGCUUCCCCGCUGCAUCCGCGGAAGUUUCAACACUGGUUUCCGCACCAGCAUCUACUCUUACGUCGUCAGCAUAGUCGCGAAAAUGGCAGAAAUCAAUACCAAAACCCUCAAAACUGGCGAUGAUGCCGAAUACGAAUUGAUAUACUGGCCCGGCAUACCUGGCCGUGGCGAAUUUGUGAGGUUGCUGUUUGAAGAGGCCGGCGUGCCGUACAAGGACCAUGCGCGCACCCCAGACCAAGCUGUCGCCAAGGUGCUCGCCCUCACUGACCUGAAGAAUGUUGGCGACGAUAGCAACCCGCCAAUCCUCGCGCCGCCGGCGCUCAAGCACGGCAAUGUCAUUCUCAGCCAGACGCCCAAUAUUCUCAUCUACCUGGCACCCAAGCUCGGGUUGUCGCCGCCGGCGACCGAGACGGCCUUUUACCAUCUCAACCAGGCCGCCCUGACCAUCCUGGAUGGCUUUUCCAACGAGGUUCACGAGACGCAUCAUCCCAUCGCCGUCUCAAUGUACUAUGAAGACCAAAAGGAAGAAGCCAAGAAGCGCUCCAAAGCUUUCAUCGAGGAGCGUGCGCCCAAGUUUCUCGCUUACGUACAGAGGCUCCUUGAUUCCAAGACGAGCGGAGAUGGUCCAUGGCUUCAUGGCGACCGCGUGACAUAUGUCGACCUUGUUCUCUUUCAGUGCAUCGACGGUACAUCGUACGCAUUUCCCAAAACGAUGGCGCAGCUCAAGAGUUCGGGCAAAUACGACGGCGUCUUCAAGCUCUACGAGGCUGUCAAGGAGCGGCCAAACAUUAAAUCAUACCUGGCGAGUGAUAGACGCGCCAAGUACGCCGAUGGACUCUACCGUCACUACCCAGAGCUAGAGGACACAAUUGAGGUUGAGGUGACCUACCAACAGACGUUUGAAAACCCGGCCCGGACUUCUGCCCGUCGAUGUGCAAGGUUUGCGAAAUGCUCCGUGCUCACGCGGCCGAUUCGUCUGGUGCGCGAGGCAUCGUUUCAAACAUAA